AGUGCUUUUAGCUUUUUCUAAUAGCAAAAAUGAAAAUGCAAAACGGCGCGUUGAAGUGACCUUCAGAAGAGAUGCGUUCGAAAAGAUAAAACGGCUGCUACAAAUAUAUCGUCUUUCCUAUCGUCUUUCAUGACUCAGUCAUGAGACCGGUGACUGAGUUGGCAACUAGAAUAGGCCGAGCAUUGAUCUCCGAAUCCAACCAUGCAAUCCCAACUCGGACUUGGAAUCCAUCUCUCGAGCAGACUCUUCACCGACUUGGUUGUCGUGACUCACUGAGUCCAUCACUGGUCGCCCGAGUCAUCGAUUCGUUUCUCUCCACUCACCAUUCCCUUGCUCUCGGCUUCUUCAACUGGGCCUCUCAGCAACCUGGAUUUUCCCACGAUUCAAUCUCUUAUCAGUCAGUUCUCAAAUGUCUCUCGUUUUCCCGCCAAUUCAACGCUAUCGAAACCCUUUUAAAGCAAGUCAAAGCCCAGAAACUAUCUCUUGAUUCUUCGGUUUAUCGCUUUAUAAUUAAUUCUUUGAUCAAAGGAAAGAAAACUCAGGACGCGUUUUGGAUUUUUAAUGAAGUUAACUUGUUGAGUACAGAACUUGGAGCUGAGUUAUGUAACUCGCUUUUGGCUGCUUUAGUUUCUGAUGGGUACUUUGCUCAUUCGCAGAAAGUGUUUGAUGAAAUGUUUCAAAAAGGUAUUGUUUUUAAUACAAUUGGGUUUGGUUUGUUUAUUUGGAGGUUUUGUAAAAAUGUUGAAUCGAGUAAAGUUUUAGCUUUGUUAGAUGAAGUAAAAAAGGGGAAUUGUUGGGAGGUUAAUGGAUCGAUUAUCGCGGUUUUGAUAGUUCAUGGACUUUGUUUUUCAUCAAGAGAAUCAGAGGCGUUGUGGGCAUUGGAUGAGUUGAGGAGUAGAGGUUGCAAGCCUGAUUUUAUAGCUUAUAGGAUUGUAGCUGAAGCGUUCAGAAUGACUAACAGUGUGGUCGAGAGGGAAUUGGUUUUGAAGAAGAAGAGAAAGCUAGGGGUGGCUCCAAGGAGUAAUGAUUACAGAGAGUUUAUCUUAGGGUUGAUUUUGGAGAGACGGAUAUAUGAAGCAAGGGAUUUAGGUGAAGUGAUUGUAAGUGGGAAUUUUCCUCUUGAAGAUGAUGUUUUGAAUGCAUUGAUAGGAUCAGUUUCGAGAAUUGAUCCUGGCUCAGCAAUUAUGUUUUUGAAUUUUAUGGUUGGGAAAGGGAGAUUACCGACUUUAUUAACCUUAAGUAAUUUGAGUUGGAAUUUAUGCAAGCACGGCAAGUUUAAUGAAUUGUUGGAAGUAUAUCAGGUUUUGUCUUCUCAUGACUAUUUCUCGGAUAUGGAGAGUUAUAAUGUGAUGGUUUCAUUCUUGUGUAAGGCUGGGAGAGCAAGAGAGGCUUAUGGGGUUAUUCAGGAGAUGAAGAAAAAGGGACUAGGCCCAAAUGUCUUGUUUUACAAUUCUCUUAUGGCAGCAUGUUGUAGAGAAGAUUUAGUCCGCCCUGCCAAAAGGUUAUGGGAUGAGAUGUUUGCAAGUGGGUGCCCUGGAAAUUUGAAUACUUACAAUAUCCUCAUUGGAAAGCUUUCACAGAUAGGGGAAGUUGAAGAGGCUCUGCGCCUUUUUCUGCAUAUGACAGAGAAAGGGGUAGCACCUGAUGCAACAACUUACACGACCCUUCUUGCAGGACUUUGUGAAGAAUCAAAAUUUGAAUCUGCUUUUGAAAUCUUCAAUAAAUCUGUUGAACAGGAUGUCAUACUUGCACAAAGCAUAUUGAGCACAUUUCUCAUUCAUCUCUGCAGAAAAGGUCAUUUUCUUGUUGCUUCCAAGUUGCUCUGUGGUCUUGCUUCUGAUAUAACACAUUCAGAUGCCCAUGUUGUUUUGCUGAAAUGUUUAGCUGAUGCCAAAGAGAUUCAAUUUGCGAUUAAACACAUACAAUGGGUUCGAGAAACCUCACCUUCAAUAUUGCAAGCUAUAUUCACCAAACUUGUUACAUAUCUUUCUUCUACUUCAAGACCAGAUUCAAUUGAGCUGCUGCUUCAAGCAAUACAGGACAAAAGCAUACAAGAUUGCAGCAUUCAUUCCUGUAAGGAUAUGUUUGGAGUAUAUACUGGAGGUUAGAAAGCUUUAUUUAUCAAAAUUCAGGUAUUGUUUUAAAACUUCUCCUUCAAAAGCCAGAGUUAAUUGUACAGUUGGUUCAAACAAUACAGAAAAAUUUUGUCUAGGUUGCAACAAUGAUUGGGGAAGGAUGUCUAGAGCCUAAGACAUGAGAGGUUAGAACAUAUUUCCAUUGCAUAAUUUCAAAUGUUUUCAAGAUGCUAGGUUUGAUGGGGUAAGUGUUGUGAUUUCUUCUUCAUCUAUGAAAUUUCGGUUCAAAACGGUUUCUAUUUCAUUUCAAUCUCCACGACCCUUCUCCCUGUGUUGUUGAACGACCAAGAUUGUGGUGUUGCCCAAGAAAUCUGAAGAAGCCAACAGAUCACCGAUUACACCCAACUCCCAGUUUUCAUUCCAUUCUGUCAACCCUGACAAGAGAGAUGACAGAUUAUAAUGACGCCUGCUUACCACUACAAGUUCAUUGUGAUUCUCUAGGGAGUGAAGGACAGAAGCGGUCCCUGCCCCAUCCUUCACUAGUUCCUCUAUGUACUCGGCAUAAUGGUUCCCAGAGAUAUUGGUUUCAAACUGGCUAAGAAUUUCAUUGUCAAGUCGUUUCCCCUCCAUAUAUUUAUCAGGAAAAUUUCCAUCAUAAAGGAUUCUUAUCAGUGUCAAAUUGAUAUUUGGACGUUCAGCCAUCCUAGACCCCAAAGUUAAUGCCUCCCGAUCAUCGGCUCCACCCAAAAAGAUCACAGCAACUUCGUAAGAAAACCAACCCAUCCAAAUGGCACUCGUGGUUUUUAGGGCCCCACGAUCAACGAGUAUUGCAACUGAGCAAGGUGCCUUAUUAUGGACAUUCUGGUUGGCGAUCUUGAUGGACAUUUUAGACGAGUGUAAAGCAUCAUUGACAUGAAAUUUUUUGUAGAAAGGAAUUAUAACAAGUGAAGUCCCCUUGUCAAGUGCAAGUGUACACACAUCAUCAUGCAUUGUUUGUGGAGUAGAUACGGCAAUGAAGACAUGACCUGCAUGGUUUUGCUCGAAGUUUUUGAAGGCAUUGAUAACAGGUCCUGAGCUCCUUGUCCUAGAACAGAGCCUUCUGGUACUCUUAUGGGCAAUGAGGAGUGGGGUUGCGCUCCCCAUAAGCUCAAUCAUGUUAAACGUGUAAACAGCGAUUGGACUUUGCUUGCAGGGAUUUAAGGCAAGGAGGUUAAUGGCAGAUGGAACAUUUUCGUGAUCAUGAAUGCAGACUGGUAUUCUUAGUUCAGAGUUUGGUCUUGAGUGCAUCACAGUUCGUCCAUGGUAAGCCUCGUACCUCCUUGAAGGAUCACAGAAGCAUCGUACAACUGGUGUAAUAACUCCUGCUGUUAUCAACAAGGAUGCACACAUUGCCGCAUAGGACUCACCAUCUAUUAUCUGCAAUGAGCACCUGCAUGUGUUGUAGCAUUAAGAUGAAAUACAUCUGUGAAACAUCGACUAUUAUUUAGGCAUUUGUUAGUUCGUAAAUGACAGUACAGCAGUGCCUCAAGAGUCUCUCGAAGCAUACCUUUUUAAGAUACAGUAACUUGAACAAUCCAAGCUCGAGGAUGCCUUGAAAAGUCAUCACAAAGCCAAGCGAGACAACAUCCCUGGGCGGCAUUUGGCAGCUGAGCGCAGAUAGAGAAGCUCGUAAGAAUUUUCCACAUGCACCUAUAAAGGCAAAGAAUAGCAUUCUGAAGUAAGUUUUAAUACUAA